AUGAGGGAAUCUUCCCUCCAAUACAACAACUUCAGCCACCAAGGUUGGCAAGCCCUAGUUUCAGUGUCUUCUAUACCUCUAUCUCUCGCUAAGAUUAAGUUCGUCAGGUUUUUGAUGAAAUUGAAUAAUGAGACGGUAUCGAUCGAGUUAAAAAAUGGCACCGUUGUUCAUGGCACCAUCACUAGAGUAGAUAUUAGCAUGAACACGCAUCUUAAGAUUGUGAAGCUGACCUUGAAAGGUAAAAAUCCGGUGACCCUCGAUCACCUAAGUGUGAGGGACAACCACAUCCGAUACUACAUCCUCCCCAAUAGUUUGAACCUCGAGACUUUGUUAGUUGAGGAGACACCUAGGGUCAAGCCCAAGAAGUCAACUGCAUGGAGGCCUUUGGGACGAGGUCGAGGUUGUGGGUGCGGGCGUGGCCAUGGCCGAGGGCGCUAC